GAUUCAAGAAAAUAACUUUAAAAAAAGGAUUGAAGAAAUGAAUCACCGUAUUAACCAACAGCUAGAAAGGUUAGACAAUCUUUGUCAAAAAAUGAAUCUGAACAGUAUACCUUUAGAAAAAAGAGAAGAUAUUGUUAAUAAGCUAGAAGAA